GUUCAAAGUGAAACUUUGUCUGAUUAGAAGCUGAGCUGCAGUCCAGACAAGUCUCUCUGUGUCUCUGAAGACAAACUGAGCCCAAUCCUUCAAGUUUUUAUCAACUUUACAGCAGAAAAUCCUCCAAACUCUGGUGUGCUGCAGCCCGCAGGAAGAGGGAGGAGGGAGACCAGAGAGCCAGGGAGGGAGAGGACAUGCAGCCCUCCAGGCCGCAGGUUUGAUAUUCUUGGCUACUGCCAUCAGUGUAUGACAAGUCAUCUGCAGAUAGAUCGAUGACUGUUAGCAGGAGGACCAUCGGCUGAUGCUCAGGGACGUGCACAGACAUUUUGGGGGGCAGGGGCUCAGGAGAUGGCUGCUCAGUUCAGACAGUCAGCUCAGCAGGAAUCCAGCAGCAGCAGCUCAGAGAGACAAGUUUCCAAACCAGGAGAAGUUCCCUGUGACGUCUGCACUGGAACCAAAGUGAAGGCCCUGAAGUCCUGCCUGGUGUGUCUGGUCUCUUACUGUGAGACUCACCUGGAGACUCAUCAAACUGUGCCACGCCUGCAAAGACAUCAGCUGAUGGACCCUGUGGAGAACCUGGAAGACAGGAUAUGUGAGAAGCACGACAAACUGCUGGAGCUGUUCUGUGAGAACGACCAGAGGUGUGUCUGCAUGAUGUGCACCUAUACAGACCACAAGACUCAUGAUGUUGUUCCCCUGAGAGAAGAAUAUGAAGGAAAGAAGGCCGAGCUGGGGAAGACAGAGGCUGAAAUUCAGCAGAUGAUCCAGAAGAGACGAGUGAAGAUUGAAGAGCUCAAACACUCAGUGGAGCUCAGUGAUGAGAACGCAGACAGAGAGAUAGCAGAAGGUGUUGGAGUCUUCAGCGCUCUGAAAGAAUCUGUAGAGAGACGCCAGGCUGAGCUCAUCAACAGCAUCAAAGAGAAGCAGAGAGAGACGGAGAAACAGGCUGAAGGCUUCAUCAGAGAGCUGGAACAGGAAAUCUCUGAGCUGGAGAAGAGACGUGCUGAGGUGGAGCAGCUCUCACACUGUGAAGACCACCUCCAACUCCUCCAGAACUUCACGUCUCUGAACGCUGCUCCACCCACCAAGGACUGGACUGAAGUCAGAGUCCAUCCACCUUCAUAUGAGGGGACUGUGGUGAGAGCUGUGAAGCAGCUGGAGGAGACCAUCAGUGAACAGAUGAAGAAGCUGUUUGAGACCAAGCUGAAGAGAGUCCAGCAGUAUGAGGUGGAUGUGACACUAGAUCCUGAUACAGCACAUCCCAAUCUCAUCCUGUCUGAUGAUGGGAAAGAAGUUAAACUUGUGACACCACUGCCCCCUGCUGGACUAAACUAGGUACCAGGCAGUUGCUGGGACUUUCAUCUUCAUCACAUAUUAUUUUGAGGGCCAAGGACCGGGGACCCCCACUGUACCUGAAGGUGGCCAAACACAGCCAUGAACAUGUGCAGUGCAGACUGGGCUGUCCUUAAGGGGGGAAAAAGUGGAGAGC